AAAACAGAGUGGAUUUAUUUUUUUUUAAGGUAGCACACUGUCCCACAAGAUUUAACAUUAAAUAAAACCCGAGAGACUCAUCGAAGAUCUGAAGAGUUCCCGACUUAGCCGGAUUUUUCCUCUAGAUGUCCUCGCCUUAUAACGAAUCGACGAAGAAGGGUUUAAGUGCUCUUGACAUCACCGCUCCCACGUGUUCUUUCCUAUGCAGCGACCGCAGCGCCUACCCUGAUCCUGACCCUCUGUCCCCAGACUCAACCCAGCGCAGCCCCCCAGCCUCGUACAGAUGUCGGAAGCGGGAGCCUGUGCUUGAGUAAGAAACAACCUCACUGGAGACAUUGAAGCAAAAGUUGGACAACUUUUCCAGAACAGAAAGGAAACUCAUGCAUCAGAAAAGAAAGUCCAGUUUGCUGCAUGUCUUUCUGAAGUACAGUGGUGUACUGUACUAGUUCAACAAUACAAAAGGCCCAAGGUCUAGUGGGUGACGACCUCUUGUACAUUCUGCUGGAAGCCUGUUGGUGACUAAUAAAGGUACCAAAAGAAUAUGGCUGCACAAAUACCAGAAUCUGAUCAGAUAAAACAGUUUAAGGAAUUUCUUGGGACCUACAAUAAACUUACAGAAACCUGCUUUUUGGACUGUGUUAAAGACUUCACAACAAGAGAAGUAAAACCUGAAGAGACCACCUGUUCAGAACAUUGCUUACAGAAAUAUUUAAAAAUGACACAGAGAAUAUCCAUGAGAUUUCAGGAAUAUCAUAUUCAGCAGAAUGAGGCUCUGGCAGCCAAAGCAGGACUCCUUGGCCAGCCACGAUAGAGAAGUCCUGAUGGAUGGACUUUUGAUGAAAGAUUACCAAGAGCUGCUGUACUGGAAAUGAGGAGUCACCUGACAGAACCCCCUGAAAGCAGCAGCCACCAUGUUAAACCAUCUGUCAUGACUGUUUGGCAAAUGGAAGCCACUGGAGAAACAAAAUUGCUACUUACCAGGAAUAAUCAAAAUAGAAGGUUUUAUUCAAUGAAAAUAAUAAGAUGCAACAUUUAUUGAGGCCUUAAGAUUCAGCAGCUUGGUCACUUGAUUAGAAAAAUAAACCAUUGUUUCUUCAAUUUUGACUGUUAAUUUUAAAGCAAAAUAUGUGUCCAAUCAUGUAUGAGAUAGAAAAAAAUUUUUAUUACUAAAAGUAAAAUAAAUGGAAAUAUCACUGAGCAGUUGUUUAUACUAUAUAGUACCAUAGUAUUCUGACUGGACUGUGGACACGUUGAAAUGUUUUUCAAUCAGGAUCGUCCUCCAAGUAUUCCUUUUCAUUCAUGUCUGCCUCAAAUUGCUGGUAAAUACAUAAAAUAGUUACUUGCUAAUCAUUUCAAUCCACAAUCCUUUUUUUGCCUCCCUUGUGUCAGGGUGAGCAUUACAUAUUCCUAUCCUACUGACAUUUGCAUAUAUCUUCAGGAAACAUCCUAUGUGUGACUAGCUUGGGAAUUUUUAAGAGUUAACUGUUAUGCUCUGCUGGAGUCUGUUUGUGUUUUGUUCAAAGCCUAAGAAGUCCAAUGAAUGAUUCUGAGUCUGGUUGACAAUAUACAGUUUAUUCUUAGCCAUGACAUGGGAUCAGUCUAAUAAAAAGUGAACUAAAGUUAAAGUAAUAUCUUAUGACUAAUGAAUCCUGAAGGAAAUCCUAGUAAUUGUAGUUGAUGUAUAAGUAUACCAAGCAGUUCAGUAAAAUGUAAGUGCACUAAUACCUGUUAAUCAAAUGACUUAUGAAUGGAUUUCGUUUGAUACCAAUCUAAACUUGUAUUUAAGAGAACACUAAUUAGCCUGUAUGCUUAUAUUUACCAAAAUGAUUUCUGUGUUCUGUUUGUUAAUAGAAAGCAGAAGUAUUGUUCUACUUUAAA